GCCGCCGCAAUGUCCCUCGCCGACUCCCUCUCCAACCUCGGCCUCGGCGCCGCCAUCGCCAUCGCGCUCGCCUUCCUCGUCCUCCUCGCCGCGCUCCUCCUCGCCUCCCACUUCUGCCUCCGCCGCCGCCACCACCACCCCAACCCCGCCCACAACCACCACCACCACCCCGCAUCCUCCGCCUCCAGCUCGGGCCACAUCUCCAUCACAGUCCCGCGCUUCCUCUUCGUCGCCGAGGACGACUCCCCGGGCUCCUCCUCCCGCGCCGGCGCCGCCCCCGUCGGCCUCGACCCCGCCGUGAUCGCCUCCUACCCCAAGGCGCCCUUCUCCCGCGCCGCCUCUAACGCCGACGCCUCCAACGAGACCGCCUGCCCCAUCUGCCUCUGCGAGUACCGCGACGGCGAGAUGCAGCGGGCAAUGCCCGACUGCCGCCACCGCUUCCACCUCAUGUGCCUCGACGCCUGGCUGCGCCGCAGCGCAUCCUGCCCCGUCUGCCGCUCCUCGCCCAUCCCCACGCCCGUCUCCACCCCGCUCGCCACCCCGCUAUCAGAGCUCGUACCGCUCUCGCAGUACGCCGCGGACCGACGCCGACACAGGUGA